CUACAACAAAACAUGGGCCGAAUAUCUUCACGGAUUCGAAAUUGGAGAAUGGCACUGGUGGUUAGGAUUGGAAAAUAUCCUGGCGUUUAACCAGAUGGGACACCGGACUAUUGUCUUGUGUAUUGUUCUUGACAGCGGCAACUUCGCCUGGGAAUUUCGUCACGAGAAUUUCACAGUCAAUGAAGCAAGUUCAGGGUUUUCCUUCACCUCAGAUUUCAAAUCCAACAUCAGCUAUGGGCCGUACCCGAUGAGCACACUAUACACUCCAGAAGACAUCAUCAGAAUGAGCCAGGGCGUUCCAUUCUCCUCCCCCGAUAUAGACAGGGACAACGACAUCAACAGCUGUGCUGCCCUGCACGGCGCAGGAUGGUGGUUCAACAACUGCGCGGCUGGUCAAGACUUGAACCCACUCGGCUUUUUACCCAGUGUAAUGAAUGAGCCAACUGAAUAUAACAGACUACUAAUCCCGGGAGUAAAGACUGACGAUCGGGAGUUUGUAAAUAACUUUGAGUCUUUCUUGCUCAUAUUUGUAGACUAA